AUGAGGGAUACAUCAUCGGUUGACUAUGAUUAUGUAGAAGCCACUAUCUACUUGACUUUGAGGGGUUGUUUAGGCCGGUUUGAGAUACUGUCAUUGACUGGAUCAUUUAUGCCAUCUGAGACGGGAGGAAUGAGAAACAGAUCCGGCGGAAUGAGUGUUUCUCUAGCAAGCCCUGAUGGACGUGUUGUUGGAGGUGGAGUUGCCGGUCUACUAGUUGCUGCAAGUCCAGUGCAGAUUGUUGUAGGCAGCUUUCUUGCUGGAAAUCAACACCAGCAGACCACCAAGAAAAACAAAUUGGAGCCUAUAAUAGCUGCUGUUCCUCUAUCUAGUGCAGAAAAUGAAGACUCUUAUAAUCACUCUUCUGCAAAACAAAUUAUGCCGGCUUCCUCGAUUAACUGGUCAUCGUCGUUAGCUCCCGACUCAAGAAAUAAGCCAGCUGACAUCAAUGUAACUCUACCUGCAUAAGGUAUAUCUUUCACAGUUCAUAUUGAUCCUUAAUUCUCCCAUCCAUUCGUUGUUAAUUUGUCUGUCAACCUCUUACCGGAGCAUGUCAUUUUCCGACGAGGUUUGUGUAGUAAUUUGAACUAGUUUUCCACUUAGUUCUUUUCUUUGGUCUUUUGUUGUAGAAUUUUAGAUGUAUAAUUGGUCCCAGAAAUGAAUUUCAUCUUAGUUAAAGGCUUUAUAGUUUUAGUAGGUAAGAUUGAUCAUCUUCUUUUCA